UAUUGGAGUUCUGAUUGGUCUGCUGUACCUGAACAUCGGCAACGAUGCCAGCAAAGUGUUCAACAACACUGGAUUCCUCUUCUUCUCCAUGCUCUUCCUCAUGUUUGGUGCAUUAAUGCCCACUGUCCUCACUUUUCCUCUGGAGAUGGCAGUGUUUAUAAGGGAGCAUCUGAACUACUGCUACAGCUUAAAGGCCUACUACCUAGCAAAGACCGUUUCUGACAUUCCAUUCCAGAUUUUAUGUCCCAUACUGUACUGUAGUAUAGUCUAUUGGAUGACAGAGCAGCCUCCAGAAGCGUUCCGAUAUGUGCUUUUUAUGGCUCUGUCUACCUCCACUGCCCUCGUGGCUCAGUCUCUGGGCCUCCUCAUUGGAGCUGCUUCCACCUCUCUGCAGGUGUGUAAAUACAUCACAGAUACAUAUACAAGAAUAAUGAUACACAAGCCAGUUUAUCAGCCACACCUUACCAACGAAUCCGACGCGAGUGAAGGCUCCGCCCCCUGGCUGUAA